AUGCCCAGCUUCUCGCAGGCCACCGAACUCUCCGCCUGGAAGGAGCUCCAGGAGCACCACAACUCCGUCGGACGCAACAUUGUCCUCAAGGACUGUUUCCAGAAGGACCCCCAGCGCUUCGAGAAGUUCAGCCGCACCUUCAAGAACACCGUCGACAACUCCGAGGUCCUCUUCGACUUCUCCAAGAACUUCCUCACCGAGGAGACUCUGGCUCUGCUGGUCAAGCUGGCCAAGGAAGCCAAUGUCGAGGAGCUCCGUGAUGCCAUGUUCAAGGGUGAGCACAUCAACUUCACCGAAGACCGUGCCGUCUACCACGCCGCCCUGCGCAAUGUCUCCAACGAGCCCAUGCAGGUCAACGGAAAGAGCGUCGUUGAGGACGUCAACGCCGUUCUGGAGCACAUGAAGGAGUUCACUGAGCAGGUGCGCAGUGGUGAGUGGAAGGGUUACACUGGCAAGAAGAUCGACACCGUCAUCAACAUCGGUAUCGGUGGUUCCGACCUUGGCCCCGUCAUGGUGACCGAGGCUCUGAAGCCCUACGGUGCCCCCGACAUGAAGCUGCACUUCGUCUCCAACAUUGAUGGCACCCACAUCGCUGAGGCCCUCAAGAACUCCAACCCCGAGACCACUCUCUUCCUGAUCGCUUCCAAGACCUUCACCACCGCAGAGACCACCACCAACGCCAACACGGCGAAGAAGUGGUUCCUCGAGACUGCCAAGGAGGACUCUCACAUUGCCAAGCACUUCGUGGCCCUGUCCACCAACGAGGAGGAGGUCACCAAGUUCGGCAUUGACAAGAAGAACAUGUUCGGUUUCGAGUCCUGGGUGGGUGGUCGUUACUCCGUCUGGAGCGCCAUCGGCCUGUCCGUCGCUCUGUACAUCGGUUACGACAACUUCCACCAGUUCUUGGCCGGUGCUCACGCCAUGGACAAGCACUUCCGUGAGGCUCCUCUGGAGCAGAACAUUCCCGUCCUCGGUGGUCUGCUGAGCGUGUGGUACAGCGACUUUUUCGGUGCCCAGACCCACCUGGUGGCCCCCUUCGACCAGUACCUGCACCGUUUCCCUGCCUACCUGCAGCAGCUCUCCAUGGAGAGUAACGGCAAGGCCAUCACCCGCACCGGCGAGUAUGUCAAGUACACCACCGGCCCCAUCCUCUUCGGUGAGCCCGCCACCAACGCCCAGCACAGCUUCUUCCAGCUGUUGCACCAGGGUACCAAGCUCAUCCCCUCCGACUUCAUCAUGGCCGCCGAGUCGCACAACCCCGUUGAGGGUGGCAAGCACCAGCGCAUGCUGGCUUCCAACUUCCUGGCCCAGUCUGAAGCUCUGAUGGUCGGAAAGACCCCUGAGCAGGUCAAGGCCGAGGGUGCCCCUGAGAACCUGGUCUCUCACAAGACCUUCCUGGGCAACCGCCCGACGACCUCCAUCCUGGCCCAGAAGAUCACCCCCUCCACUCUGGGAGCUUUGAUUACCUACUACGAGCACCUCACCUUCACCGAGGGUGCCAUCUGGAACAUCAACUCCUUCGACCAGUGGGGUGUGGAGCUGGGCAAGGUGCUUGCCAAGAAGAUCCAGAAGGAGUUGGAGACCGCGGAUGCCGGCUCGGACCACGAUGCGUCGACCAGCGGUCUGCUGCUUGCCUUCAAGAAGAAGGCCAACCUGGCGUAA